AUGAGCUCCACUGGUAUGACCUCACCCCAUCCCCUUGUACUUGUCAUUGUACGUCUGCCAGCUCAGUUGCCAUACACAAGUGCUCAUAUCAUGCCCAAAGAGCGCAAAUCCCUUCAGUUUCCCAAGUUCUUGGUUCCCUCUCUAUUUCCCAAACGAAAUGCGGGGCGUCCAGACUCCGCGCCAAAGUACCUUGACGGCCAUGCCUCUUACCUACGUUGCGCCGGCUGCGCCUCCCACCUCUGCCUGACCUCUCAAAUUAUCAGUAAGGGAUUCACAGGCCGCCACGGCCGAGCCUAUCUAGUCUCAGUGGAGCCUGUAGCCACAGCUGUGUCAGUCAGCGCAUCAUCGUCGCCUACAGUCUCGCUGCCUAAUACUACACUCCAACACCCGGUACCGCGCCAGCUUGUGACAGGUGCGCACACGGUUAGCGAUGUGAGCUGCAAAUUCUGUGAUAAUGUUCUGGGCUGGAAGUACGUGGCGGCAGAGGAAGAGUCGCAGCGAUAUAAAGUUGGAAAAUUCAUUUUGGAAACGAAGAAGAUCAUCGCUUCUUCGUGUUGGGAGUCGCCGCCAAAUGUUCAUCCGGACCUAUUGGAAGGCCAAGCAAAGGCCGAGUCGGCUCCCACAGAGGCCGAAUUUGACAGCCAAGACGAGGAUGAGUGUGAGGAUCUCUUUGCUGGGAUUUGGAGUCCCGGACUUGCUGCGCGACGAAGGAAUCUCAAGAUUGAACGUCGGCCUGCUUUGUUUGGCAUCUCAUGA